UUGAUCCUUCCAUUUCUCAGAUCUUCUCAGUCAUCAUCCUUUGAAUUUUGGGGAAUGGCAGACAAUCUUUGGUCCAUCCAACGCAAUCUGAUCGCUGCGAGUCCCGCGCUCGAGUCGUUUGUGGCCGCGCUCCACUCUUAUGCAAGUGGACUCUCGACCACACCGAGCAACCUGCAACAAUUGCCAAUCGUUGUUGUUUUUGACAAGAGCGAGAGUAGUGGUCGUCAUUGCACGAGGAGUGCUUGCUUUGGUGCUGCAGAUUCAAAUCUGUGACUGAUUUUUGUUGGCUUUGGGAUUUUGCGAUUUUGGUGUGCUCAGACUCCCGCCGCUGCUUCUGCUGCCAGUGGCACGACAGACAACGCAGCCCAGCACGAUGCAAAGUCCAGCGCUGCCGGGACUGGGAGUGCAACCACCGCUGCGCCGACUACCCGCAAGUUCAAGUGGGCAACGAGCAUGGACUCGACGUUCAAGUUUGACCAUGCCACGGCCAUUCCGCAUCCAGACAUUGCUGACAUUCAGUGGUCGACGGACGUCAUUGGUGUGGACCGCUCGGAGGGAGGAGCAGGCGGCGUAUUCUUUGUUCAAACGAAACGAGGAGCCGUUGUCAUCAAGGCCUCGAGAACGCUCGCUCCAGAGCUGUUUGCUUCGUUGCUGUGCCUUCGACUCCAAGUUGCUGCUCCGCGCUCACGAGUUGUCUCGACAUCGUCCGAAGAAGGCGCUCAGCUUCUUGCAAGCUUGAAGCAGGUGGAUCCCUCCUGGCGAGUCAUCACCAACCUGUUUGACCAGGCGUGCUUGCUCGUCCAAGAUUACAUUCCUGGAACUGUCUUGUCGGGACUCGACUACACCACAGCCACGGCUGUAUUUGGGAGCGAAGUUGAGGACAAUGCUACUCCCGAGGAAGCAGAGCGAAUUCGCUCGCUGGGCCGACUGUUGGUUGUCGACACGUUGCUGAACAACGGAGAUCGUCUCCCGUUGUUCUGGGAUAAUCAAGGAAAUCCCUCCAACAUUAUGAUCAGCCGCGCCAACGCGCACUCGUUCGUGUCCAUCGACACCCGCCUCACUGGCAUUGCCGAAUCAUCCCCGCUACUUGCGCCUUACAUUUCGCGUGUUGCCGCUCUGACAGCGAGAGUUCUUGGAAAGAACGACAAGGUUCUUGACGCAUUUUCAACCUUGCGCCAGCUGAUCGCAUCGUACAUUGCGUUUGACAUUGGCGAGAAGGGAGCGCGCGCCAUGCAAGAGGGCUUUGAGUCGGCAGUCCGCGAGUGUAUUGCACAGCGUGUCGCUAUUUCCUCCGAGAUGCGACGCUGGGCUGCCACCUUCCACGAGAUUGGCGACGGUCAGCACCACAAGUUCAUCGACACGGCCAACUUGAACCUCGACUUUGUUGACCGUGUUUUGGACGCAUUUGAAAAUAGUCAGCCAAAGUGAACAACCGCCCCCCCCGCGUCCCUGCGUGCUUGCUGUUUGAGAAAUUUUGGAAUGAAAACGAAUGUUUUUGUGUUGGUUUAUGUGGAACUAAAUGUUCGCCCAAAUUUAACUCAAAAAUACAAGCCACCAGACGAUGGGUGAUUAGGACCGCG